GGGGUAACUCGACGUUUGUUUACGACUUUUAAUAAUGUUAAAGAGAGAAGCGGUUCGAAGAGGAAGACAACUAACCGUUAACAGUUGACUACAGCUCUGCUAAGCGUUAAGCUUGAUACCAAGCUCAGGUCAAGUGCGACAACUUCCGCAUCAGCAGGCGCAGCUUUCAAAUGCAUCGUCGGGCAUGUGAAUGUAAAUAUUCACUGUGAUGGCAGACGUCUGAAAAAAUCACAUUCUCACUAAAAAAAGGCUACUGAAGUGACUUUAUUGUAUUUUAUAUGAACAAGUCUGUAUUUUCUUGAUGAGUAUUUAAGUCUUUAUUUCCGGUCCUUUUUAUUGUGGACGUUAGUUGUUAGAUUUCCGAUAGCCCGAAAGGCGACAGCAGGAUGGGCGGAGCUGCCACCGAACACUGCUGUGGUACGUGCUGACAGUCCACGUCGGUGUGGUGGAACCAGUCCCCGAAUAGAACGGUAUCGAACUGCUUGCCUCGGGACCCACAGGGCUCGUUGGAGAGGCGGGACCGAUCCAGUCUUAGUGGACGAAGAAAACGAAGAAUUUCUCGAUUGAAGAGCAACGAGGAUUGACCUACUUCUAUACAAACACCUGUCUCUCACACACGAUGGAGGAUGACUUGAUGUUCAGCAUGGAGGACGAGGGCAGCGCCACGAGGGGCGCUCCCCCCAAACAACGGGUGUCAUCCCUCACCGAUGAAGAUGGCGACGACGACGACGAUGACAGCGACGUCCACUUCAUCUGCCCCCUCUUGGACGACCCCGCCAGGGAAAUCUGUCAGUACUUGCAGAACUUGGUGAACAAUCGGCAGCUGUCAGAUUCCUUCCCGAAAAGCGGUUUCUCGUACAAGAGUGAUGGGGACAAUGUGACGGAAGGUUCGUACAAGGUUUUGUCAGAGAGUGCACGGGAAACGUGGAAAAAUGCCGUCAAAAAGGCCAAAGCCAUGCCGGACCCCUGGGCAGAGUUUCACCUGGAGGACAAAGAGACCGAACCCUGCUUACGCUACAGGUAUAACGCCAUCACCGGGGAGUGGGCCCAGGACCAGGUCUACAUUAAGAUGGCGGCACAGCCGUUUGGGAAAGGCGCCAUGAGGGAGUGCUUCAGAACGAAGAAGCUGUCAAACUUCUCACACAGCGGCAACUGGAAGUCGGCGUCCAACUACGUGGCCAAGCGCUACAUGGAGACGGUGGACAGAGGCGUCUACUUUGAGGACGUCCGCCUGCAGAUGGAGGCCAAGCUGUGGGGGGAAGAGUUCAACCGCCACAAGCCUCCCAAGCAGGUGGACAUCAUGCAGAUGUGCGUGGUGGAGAUGACAGAUCGUCCGGGAAAGCCGCUCUUCCACCUGGAGCAUUACAUCGAGGGGAAGUACAUCAAGUACAACUCCAACUCCGGCUUCGUGCGGGACGACAACAUCAGGCUGACGCCACAGGCGUUCAGUCACUUCACCUUCGAGCGUUCGGGCCACCAGCUGAUCGUGGUGGACAUCCAGGGUGUGGGCGACCUCUACACCGACCCUCAGAUCCACACGGACAAGGGGACCGACUUUGGUGAUGGGAAUCUGGGCGUACGAGGCAUGGCCCUGUUCUUCCACUCACACCUGUGCAACAAGAUCUGCAAGAGCAUGGGCCUCACUCCUUUUGACCUCUCCCCCCCCGAGAAGCAGCAGCUGGACUGCACCAACAAACUCCUGAAAUCGGCUAAAACGGUGCUGAGGGGCUGCGAGGAACAGUGCGGCUCCCCCCGAGUCCGUACCAUGUCAGGGAGCCGGGUGCCCCCCCUGCUGACCCGCCUGUCUGAGACGUCAUCCGCGGAUGAGAGCAUGAGCGAUGCCGACUCGGUGCCUUGCUCCCCGCUGGUGACGCAUGGAUACAUGGGAAGGUCCCCCGCUGGCUUAUCUUUCACUGGGAUGUACGAGCAGGAUCGACUUGACAACGCAGGCGAACACAGGGAAUCAGACAGUGGCGGGGACAGCGGCUACCCCAGCGAGAAGAGGAGCGAGGGGGACCCCAACGACCACGUGGACGGGCUGACGGAGGAGAAGUGGAGCUUCUUCCACUCGUCUCGCGCUCAUGUACACAGACCGUCCUGCGUGGCCACCGAGGUGGAGCGACUCAGCUCUCUGAUGCAGAAGCGCAUCGGCCAGUCCAUCCUGGGAAAGGUGCACCUGGCCAUGGUACGCUACCACGAGGGGGGGCGUUUCUGUGAGAAGGAUGAGCAGUGGGAUCAGGACUCCGCUAUGUUUCACCUGGAGCGAGCGGCCCAGUGCGGCGAGUUGGAGGCCAUCAUCGUUUUGGGACAGUGCUGCCUGCAGCUGCCCCACCACAUCCUGCCGAACGUGGAACUGGAGGACAACGCCGGAAACAGGAUGAAAGGAUUCAAGUUCCUGUUGCAGGCUGCAGAAGCUGGCGACAGAUCUUCCAUGAUCACGGUGGCCCGAGCUUUUGAUACGGGCGUUAAUCUGUCUGCAGACAGAAAGCAGGACUGGGAGGAAGCCAUACAUUGGUACGACAGCGCUUUGAACAUGACGGAGCACGACGAAGGGGGGGAGUUCGACGGCAUACAGGACGAGCCCCGUCACCUCCUGCUGGCCAGAGAGGCCCAGAUGUUCCAAGAUGGAGGCUUCAACCUCACGGCCGACCUGCAGAAAGCAGGCGACCUGUUUACGGAAGCAGCAGAGGCCGCCAUGGAGGCCAUGAAGGGUCGCCUGGCCAACCAGUACUACAUGAAAGCCGAGGAGGCGUGGGCCAUGAUGGAGGAGUAAAUCUUAAGCUGCACGCUUUUAACACAAAAAGGCCUUAUGGGGGGGUGGGGGGGCUGCUUACAAAAGCCUGCAUGAGUGGCGUUUACAUCAUUUUUAUAACAAAUCUUUAGCGAAUGGUGCUUAUGCGUGUUUGCAUGUUGCGUAUUCCAUCUUCAUCAAGUAUUCUGUGCAAGAUUUCUUCUGAGGGAAGCGUCUUCCCUCUUUCAGUAUCCACUUUAGUCUUGAGCGUUUUCUCUCAGUGUGAUGUGUGAAGUAUGGAUGUUUAAAAAACAACAUUAUACAGUAUCAAACUGUAAAAAGACAUAAAUAAAUUUUUGAGUACAAACUUUAAUUUUGCUGAAGCGUUUUUAGGGUUUAUGUUGUCCAUCCAUCCAUUCUCCUCCGCUUAUCCGGGUUCGGGUAGCAGGGGCAGCAGACUUCCCCUAACCCUACCUGACCCUUCCCCCUUAACCUUAACCCCUAACCUAAAUUAGGGGAAACC